AUGCUGCUGCAAAAGCUAGAUGAGAAGACCCAAACCAAAUGGGAAGAGACUGCGUCAUCGGACAGGAUACCCACAGCUGGGGAAUUCUACGAUUUCCUGGAGAAGCGCUGCCAGAAGAUGGAGAACGUGCAAUACGCUAUAGCGACACACGCUGGUAGCGCUCAGCAUGAUGCUGAUCACUUGGGAGAGUCCUAUACUCAGGCGUAUCGACGAUUUCUCAGCUUGGAGCGAAAACUGGAUCGUAAUCCCGCGCUCAAGGAGCGUUACUCAGCUUUUAUGAAGGAGUAUACUGAUUUAAAGCAUAUGUCCAAAGUCCAUCUUGACUCACGUAGCCUCUGCAAGUAUUUUCUGCCUCAUCACUGCGUUUUAAAGGAGGAUAGUACCACGACAAAGCUCCGUGUCGUUUUCGAUGGCUCUGCAGCUACAUCAACUGGAUGCUCCUUAAAUGAUGUGAUGAUAACAGGUCCUGUUAUUCAGCCAACAUUGUUUAACAUACUGAUCCGGUUCCGCACACAUCCCGUCGCUCUCACUGGUGACAUUUGUAAAAUGUACCGCUGCGUAAAGGUAUCCCCGCCCGACAAUUUUCUCCAGUGUAUCCUAUGGCGAGAUUCCAUCCAGUCCGAGGUUCUGGUCUACACAUUAGACACCGUCACAUACGGUACGAGGGCUGCAUCGUUUUUAGCGGUCCGCGCAAUGAACCAGCUGGCCAUCGACGAGGGUAAUCCCUACCCUCUUGGCUCAGCUGCUCUGCAACAGUAG